AUGCCGCGGAGUAAAACAUCGUUCUCUACGGCGGCGGAUGAUGUUUUCCAAGCGAGGGUGACUGGUGAUGCGAGGAAAAGAUCUAAAUUGGAGAUGAUGUAUCCCUUCAGAUCCAGCUUAGUUCAAUUCAUGGAGGAAAGGGAAUUGAUCACUUUAAUCUGUGAUUCGGGCGGGGAAGUUACAGUGAAGAAGAAAAAAGGAUCAUAUUUUCUUCCAAGCUAUCUCUACGCAGCCUGCAACUUUGAUAUAUCAUUACUAUCGAUCAAGCUCAACCUGCCUAUGAUCCAUAAGCUCAACCUUCCAAGCUCUAGAUUGGGUGAGCGCCUGCCAGCCGGCAAGAAGCCUGAUUGUCUUUGCGGAUCGCGAACCCAUGGGUACGAUUUUAACGCAUUACUCGCAGCAGUAGCCUUCCAUUACAAGUCUUUCGCUUCUCUCGGGGAGGCGUUAGAGUGGGUUGAUAACAACUUAUCACGAAUCAAUGAAAAUCUAAUCGCGUACGCUCGGGAGGCUAAAUGCCCCUUUCAGUUCAUCGCCAAUAUAUUGAGAAUCGCCCAAAACAAAUUGAACGUUCUUGCGAACACCCCUAUUACCCAAGACGCCUCAGCUAGUGCAUAUCAGAUCAUGAGUUACUUUUUGUUGGAUGAAACCAUGGCUAAGAAAACUAAUCUUAUCUCAUCCCCGGAUGGUCAAAUCCAAGAUGUUUAUUCUUUCAUCCUCGAAGAGCUCAAGGAGUUCAUGAAAGCGGAACUGGAGGGUAAUCAACAUCUAUCAACGGUAGUUUGCGAUAAUCUCACUCGUAAAAUAGUUAAAGUGUCUUACUUUACCACGGUAUAUGAUUAUAUGGUAAUGGAGGCCAUAAAUAUAUGGGUUAGUGAUAAACUUCAUAAGAAGAGGCACCGGAUAACUCUCAGAGUUUCCUCUUCUAAGAGAGAUCGUAGGAAGAUUGAAAUCUCUACCUUCGUAAACUUCAUCCAUCAGAGGGAUGCCCAAAUUGCAAUGAAUGUAGUAGAUGUGAUGCUUGGUAUGGGUAGUCAGAUGGACCAACUGAGGGUUGCUUUGCCAGUAAGGGAAGAAAUCUUUCGAAGAAGAGGCGGUGCAUUGCCUUCAAUGUCAUCGACAGUGAGGACAUGGAGAAUGGCGUUUUUAACCCUGAGGGACGAGACCUUGGCGUCGCCGCCUCGCCCCACUGUCGUACACCUCCUCAACCAUCUCAUUUUUUCCCAAUUCGAUUAUCUCAUCGCUGCAGCUCCCGAUCUUCCUCCUCACGAGGUCACGUCUGACGUGAUGUUCCUGUUGGAGUUGGCUCGAAACAUUUCUCACACUGAAGAACUCGAGGAUGUCAUUCCGUCCUUCGUUCAACUGUCCCACUUGAUCCACAGUGUCAGCAUUCGUGCUUCUUUACAAAUGAAUUCAACAUCCUGGGCCCUUGUGCUUGAUUCUUUCAAAAGGAUUGUGGAAGUUUUCCUUGACAAAGCCCGAACAAACAACAUUUUCGUUGGGAAUGUUACAGUUAUUAAAGCCACAAAACUAUGCUUAGAAAGCAUACGGUGCCUUUUUAAUUUAUACCAGGCAAUAGCUCUAUUAUCUGAUAGUGAGCAACUAUUGAACUUUCUUCUUCAAGUGGUCACAUGCUUUCACGGAGAGUCAAUAUACUCAUCUUGUUUAAGUGACAACCACAAAGCAUUUGUAUACAACAAUGUGUUGGAAGUCCAAACAAUUGCUUUUACUAUGAUUGGUGAAGUAUACUCAAGAGUCAGUUCUUCCUUACCAUUUCAGAUUUGGCAGUCAUCGAUUGAGGUUCUCAGCAAAGUUAUGGAUGUCUUGGCAUCUAAAACCCUCCUUGUAGAAGAUACUAUCAUGGCCAUGUUUUAUAUUGAGCUUCUGCACUGCCUGCACUUGCUUCUAGCAGAUCCUAGAGGUUCUCUGUCAGGCCAUGUGGCUGGUCAUGUUGCAGCGUUGAGGAUGUUUUUUCAUUAUGGCCUUACUAACAAGUCCCAUCUUGGUUCAACAAGCAAAAACCUGAAUUUCUCAGAGUCAAGUAUAUCGAAAAGUGGCCGUUAUAGGCCUCCACACUUGAGAAAAAAGUUUAUGGAAAAUAUAAAGCUUAAAGAUGAGGAAUCUCUGCUUUCUUCUGACCACGAGUUGAGCUUAUCUUCAGAUUCAGAUUGCAGUGAUAAUGAUGGAUCAGCAACAGAUGCUUGCAGUCACCAUUUUGCUAAGGCUAGACUGGGUGCGAUUGUUUGUAUUCAGGAUCUCUGCCGAGCUGAUCCAAAAUUGUUCACUGCUCAGUGGACAAUGCUUUUGCCGUCCAGUGAUGUGCUAUCGCAUAGGAAGUAUGGAACUACACUGAUGAGUUGCUUGCUAUAUGAUCCUUCUUUAAAGGUGCGGAUUGCGGCGGCCUCUACGAUUAUGGCAAUGUUGGAUGGACCUGCAUCUGUUUUUCUUCAGGUAGCAGAGUUCAGGGAAUCCUCAAAAUGUGGGUCUUUUACAGCACUUUCUAGCUCUCUCGGUCAUAUAUUAAUGCAGCUACAUUCAGGUACUUUGUAUUUAAUCAAACAUGAAAUGCAUAGUAGACUGCUGGCGCUGUCAUUCAGAAUUCUGAUGCUUUUGAUAUCAUCCACACCAUAUUCACGGAUGUCUGCGGAGCUACUGUCAACAGUUAUCUCUUCAGUUCAAGCAAGAGUGGAUGAUGGCUUCCCCUUGCGAAGUGAUCGUAAUAGCUUGCUGGCAGCUGCAAUUAAUUGCUUGACAGUAGCUCUUUCUGUUUCACCAUCCUCUGUACAUGUCAACAACUUACUUCUAGUGGAAGCUUCGACAGGAUUUCUUGAUGGUCAACGGAAAUCUGGAGUUUUAUAUACCUUAUUUCAUUAUUCCAAACAGUUAACAAGCCCUUCAGUAAGCUUAGAAGCACUCCAGGCUCUUAAAGUUAUGGCACACAACUAUCCUAAUACAAUUGUUUUAUGUUGGGGGCAAGUUUCAUCUACUAUUUAUACGGUUUUGAAAUUCUCCCCUGAUGAUCCAGCAAGAUCAUGGGGGGGUAAUGUUGAACACACUAUUGGAGCAAUCAGGGAGAGAGUCAUGGCAGCUGGGAUAAAGGUUUUGGAUGAAUGUCUUCGUGCUAUUUCUGGCUUUAAAGGAACUGAAGAUCUUUCAAGUGAUAAGUUGCCUGAUAGUCCAUUUACAUCUGACUAUGUCAAAACAAAGGCAGUCUCGUCUGCUCCAGUUUAUGGAUUAGAGAGCCCUGCUUCAACUGAGGAUGAAUCAAAAAUGUGUGUUUUGGCCAGCGAGCGGUGGUCUGAAGCAAUAGUCAAGCACAUGCCUAUAAUCAUUCAGCAUUCAUCAGCCAUGAGAUUCAGGAGAGUCUCCUGCGCUAAUAUGAUGUCAGUGACUGCAUUAUUUCAUCAAAUUUUUGGUUUGGGAAGCUUACUGAUUAUGAUAAGAAAGUUAGAGGAUGCAUCAUAG